AUGGAAGUGAAAACAGGCCAUAAGGUUGAGCAGGGCCAUGUUGGCAACGUGCUGGUUCUCGAAACUCUCGGCCUUGAGGCGCAGAUGAAGAAGAAUCUGGGUCCCUUUGCAAUUCUCUGUGUGGGAUUCAACAUCUGCAACAGUUGGGUGGGCUUGGCGGCCACCAUGGUCAUUGGUAUGGAGCAAGGAGGUAGCGUUACGGUUGUACACGGGAUGCUCGUCGUUCUCUUCUUCAUGUGCUGCUCGGCUCUCACCAUGGCCGAAUUGGCCAGUGUAUAUCCCACAGCCGGAGGCCCUUAUCAUUGGACUUCGAUCCUGGCUCCCAAUUAUUCGAACCGAGUUAUGAGCUACAUCGCUGCCUGUUUCAACAUUUUCGGGUGGUUAUCGAUUACUUCCGGUGUGGUCGUUCAGCCUGGCCAGUUCAUUCAGGCCGUACGAAUAUUCUUCAAUCCAGAGGUUAACGUACCCGCUUGGCAAUAUUUCCUCUUCUUUCAAGCUGCUAAUAUUCUCGUGCUACUACAUAAUGCAAUACUCCAGCACCGUACCCCAUGGGUUCAUGAUAUUGGAUUGGUAACGGUCAUGCUUGAUUCAGGACGUCAUGAGCUGAUUAGAGUUUCAGUUAUGCUCUCAAUUACCUCGUUUGUCGUUAUAAUCGUAACCUGCCUCUCCCGGACAACGUCCUUUAACUCAUCGGAGUUUGUCUGGACGACCUUCAUCAACAACACUGGAUGGAAGUCCAGCGCUGUGGUCUUCUUAACAGGAAUGGCCAACCCAAAUUUCAUGUUCGCUGGAAUCGAUGGAGCAGUCCACCUCGCCGAGGAAGUUUCUGAUGCUGCGAAAUUUGUUCCACGCGCUUUAAUGAGCACCAUUGUGAUCGGCUUCAUCACAGCCUUUGGGUUUUCCCUUUCAAUGCUUUACAGUCUGACCGACUUUGAUAAAGUUCUGCAAGGUCUGACUGGCGUGCCUAUCUAUGAAAUUUGGUAUCAAGCAACCCGAUCCCAAGCAGCCGCCACCGUCUUUAUCUUUGUCUUGCUUUCAAUUGCUUUCUUCUCGUUGAACGCCGUCGUCGAAUCUAGUUCUCGCCUCACAUGGGCCUUUGCUCGUGAUAACGCUCUCCUUGGCUCUAAACUCAUUGGACAAGUCCAUCCCCUCCUUCAGGUACCCAUCUGGGCUCUAUUAGCCAAUGCCACCGUUAUAUUCAUAAUCGGUUGCAUCUAUCUGGGGUCAUCAACGGCAUUCAAUGCGUUCAUUAACUCGGGAUUGUUACUCCAGCAGUGCAGUUUCGCCAUUCCUGCUGCCUUGUUAAUGUGGCAUGGACGGUCUGACAGAGUGCUUCCCGAGUCUCGAGCUUUCAAUCUUGGCCUCUUUGGAUGGUUUGCCAACGCUGCUACUGUACUCUUUGCGCCACUCAUUACGAUCAUGUACUGCUUUCCCGUGAGCAUGCCAGUUACCCCCUCUGGAAUGAACUAUACAGCUGCUGUGGUAGGAGUGAUGGGGCUUUUCUCUAUGGCGAACUGGUUUCUAUAUGCGAGAGAGCAUUACAGAGGGCCACGUCUUCCGUCUAUGUAG